AUGAGUAGUGUUGUGAAUAAAAGCGCCAAGCGCUUUGUUCCUAAAUUAAGAGAAAGACGGAUACUGAACUCCACACCGGCUCCAACUGUGGUACCACCAGUGUCCGAUGACAUAACCAAGUCUACUGCUGAAGAUUCCCAUGAAAAUGAAGCCGAUAACGAGGACGGACUGAAUGAGUCUAGUACAGAUAAUACGGAGCCAAAAAGAAGUGAUGAAGAAUCCAAAAUUAACGAAACUGUUGACGAGGACGAUCCACUAAGUCAAACAACUUUAGUCAAGAAUUUGAACCCAUCAAGAACCAGCACUCAGAUACCGGUUGUCACAGUAUCAAGUGCUACCAACCGCCGUAGGUCUAGUAGACUAGACUCGCUCUCUGGAACUAAACCUACUUUCAAGUCUGGUUUCAUGGGGCCUGGUUCCUUGAAUACGGGAAAUGUACCAGAAAGAAGCAGAAGGCUCUCCAGUAUAUCCACAGGGUCACUGAGAAAGAAGAGUUUAACAGUUAAUUCGGAGAAUGAUUCUUCACUGCAAGCAAUUAAGCGGAGACGAAUGUCAUCAAGAUCCUCAACCGGAAAAGGACCGGGUAAAGUUCAAAGGAUUAGUAUAGUAUCACGGAUGAGUAGUCCAGACGACGAUUCAUUAACUGCAAAACCAGCUGGUGACUCUGAAAACUGCGACGAUAUCUUCCAAAGAACUGAUGAUCUUUAUCAGAAAUACACCAUUACCAAUUUGAAGAUGAUUCCAAAGAAAAUAGCGGACAAAGAUUCAUCCAAAUACUUGAUAGACGAAGAAAACUUUACUAUGGCGGACCUAUGUAAACCAACGCUUCCCAUAGGUGAAAUAUCUGAGAAUUUUAGCAGGGCUAAGGAAGCUGCCAAGCUAAAGAUUGAAAGGAGAAGAAAACGCAGGGAACUACGAGAAAUGGCUAGAAAAGAGUUCAAGUCCUUGAAUGAACUAGUAACGGAAGAAGAAAAACAAUUGAAAGAGGAAAGAAAGAAAGCCGCCCAGGAUCUUUUUGAUACGGAAGUGCCAGAUGAGAAACCCCAUCAAGGUAUUCAAUUGAAGAUGGCCGCAGAUGGAUCUAUGGUUGUUGAUGAGGAAUCUAUGGUUGUCGACAGACAUAAGAACGCGUCUCUUGAAAAUUCAUCUAAAGAAAAAAUUCAGAACAAUCCAUUCGAAAAUUUAUACAAUUCUGCUACGUACGGUCGUCAGCAGUUUACAGAUCCAUGGACUAUUGAAGAAAUGAUCAAGUUUUAUCAGGCGUUAUCAAUGUGGGGGACAGAUUUCAAUCUAAUAUCUCAACUGUUUCCUUAUAGGUCAAGGCGGCAAAUCAAAUCAAAAUUUGUGAACGAAGAAAAAAAGCAUCCUGUCAUGAUAGAACUUGCAUUGAGAUCUAAGCUUCCGCCAAACUUUGAACAGUAUUGCAAAGAAACAAGAAAAAAUAUCGGCACGGUUACUGAGUUCAACAAGCGCUUAGAUCAACUACAAGUGGAACAUGAAGAGCAUCUAAAGCAAAUUGAAGUAGAACGUCAAAAUGCUAGAGAGCAAGACAUCAAGCAACAAACUGUUAAAGAGCAUGAAAGAUCACAAAAAGGUAAACAUGGAGGUAGGUACGAUCAACUCAAAGGAUACAGAAAAUCGGAAAUCGUUCUUGGAUCUAUCGAUGACCUCAAAAAGAAGAGAGCUGAGGAAGCAGCUAUUGAAGCUCAAACUUAG